AUGUCGGACGACCUCAAGGACGAGAUAGAAGUCAUAAACUCCAUCUACGGAGACGGCACCCUCGCGCCCUCACCACCAGACUACAUCCUCGCCCUCCCCGGCGCGGGCUCCUCCUCUCUCACCCUCCGCCUACCGGAGACCUACCCGGACGUGCCGCCGCAGGUUCUAGGCACCCACAGCACAGGCGAGAAUGCGCCCCGCGGCGCCGGCGCACGGGACCUGGCGCUCUUCCGCGACGCCAUCGCCACCGUCUACCAGCCGGGCGCCGUAUGCCUGUUUGACGCGAUAGAAGAGUUCCAGAGGUGGGCCGAGGCGAGCGUCGAGGCGCAAGCCGCGGCGCGUAGUCCCUCACCCGAAGCCCGAGAAGAUGAUCCCUCGGCGCAAGAGAGUUCCGUGCCGGAUUACCUCGCGGAAGAGCCACCCUGGAUCCUGUCGGACCCGUUCGUGGAGCUCAAGUCGGUGUUCGUCGCGCGGGCGGCGCCCGUGACGUCGCCGGAGAAGGCGGCGGCGUACGUGAAGCACCUCUUGGCCACGGACAAGAAGGCGCGGACGGCGACGCACAACAUGACGGCGUGGCGGAUCCGGGGGCCGAACGGGACGAGUUUUCAGGACUGCGACGACGACGGCGAGACGGCGGCCGGCGGCAGGCUGCUGCAUCUCAUGCAGCUCAUGGACCUGUGGGAUGUCAUGGUCGUCGUGACGAGGUGGUACGGCGGGCAGAAGCUGGGGCCGCGGAGGUUCGCGUUGAUUAACAGCGCUGCGAGGGAUGCGUUCGUCAAGGCCGGGUGGGUGGAGGAGGCCGGGCAGGGGAAGAAGAAGGGCAAGUGA